GAUUUAAACCCCAUUUUUAAAAACAGAUUUAAAUGUAUUUUUCUCCACCAAAUCAAGCAUUGUGAUCAUUGAAUCGCGUCGAAAUAGAUAGUAUAGAACUUAGUAACGUUCAGUAGUGUUUGUGUGCGCUACCAACUUCUCUCCUGUACUUUAUCAUCGGCGAUCAGGGACGACAAACAUGGGUGAUCUCACAGAUGGAGAGAAAGCAAAUAUCAGAGAGGCCUUUAGCCAGUUUGACAAGGAUGGAAAUGGUUCGAUAGAUGCUGCAGAACUUACAACUGUUCUACGCACAUUGAAACAGAAUCCCACCCAGCAAGAAGUCGACGAGAUGAUAAAAGAAUUGGACAAAAAUGGUAAUUCAAUAAUAGAAUAUGGGGAGUUUGAGACAUAUAUGAAAAGUAAAUUAAAAAAGCCUGAGAAAGCAGAGAGCGAAAUGAAAGACGCAUUUAAGAUUUUUGACAAGGACGGUAGUGGGAAAAUUGAUGCCGCGGAACUGAAGCAGGCCAUGACGAGUUUGGGAAAUCCGUUGACUGAUCAGGAGGUGGACGAAAUGAUUAAGGCGGCGGAUCUAGACCAAGACGGGAAGGUAGACUAUAGCGAACUUGCUAAGAUUUUGAUGAAAAGUGAAAUAUCAGAGGCGAAGAAAAAAGAAUUUAGGCAUACGUUCGACAUGUUUGACAAGGAUCACAGUGGGUACAUCAAUGCCCGGGAACUGCUGACGGUAAUGAGAGCAUUCAAACAGGAUCCGACCAAAGCGGAAGUUAAUGCGCUGAUGACAAAACUCGAUACCAAUGGUAAUGGGAAAAUAGAAUACGAGGAGUUUGAAAAAUACAUGAUAGAUCAUUACAAAUCUCCGGAGGAAUUUCAAAACUCGAUGAUGGAUGCUUUUAAGUUGUUUGACAAAGACGGCAAGACUGGUGAAAUAACGUUUGAGGCAUUUUUGGAAUAUGUACCACCCAGACUUCGGUCAGAGGAUGAAGAAAUGACCGCAGUAAAGGCCGCCUUUAAAGUUUUUGAUAAGGAUGGGAGUGGUUUCAUUUCUAAGGAAGAGGCCAAGGCAAUUUUACAGCGAGGUGGUAAUAGCAUCAGUGAUGAAGAUGUAGAGGAAUUUUUUAGUGCCGCAGAUCUGGAUAAUAAUGGAAAAAUCAAUCUCGAGGAAAUCCGUGGCGCCUUCGAUGCAUGUGAUCAUGAUGGUGACGGUACAGUAGAUGCCGGGGAACUACGAAGAGUUUUAAAAGAUUGUGGACAAAACCCGACAACAUCCGAAAUGCAAGAUAUUAUUGAUGACGUCGAUCAUAAUGGUAAUGGUUCCUUAGAAUUUUCUGAGUUUGUGAAUUUGAUAAAAGAAAUCUAUGAGGACCCAAAGCAGUUUGAAGAGGAAAUCAAAGAGGCUUUUCGAAGAUACGACAAAGACGGGAACGGUGUUAUCAGCCAAUCAGAAUUUAAACACCUGUUCACAUCAUUUGGUGAGAAGAUAUCCGAUGAAGAAAUGGAGGAUCUUUUAUCUCGAAUAGACAUCGACAAAGAAGGAAACAUAAGUUAUGAAGGAUUUGCCAAGUUGCUCCGCGGAACCUAGGGAGAAGAACAGUCACUGGAUUAUCGCUCUUGUAUUAUUGCUGAAAUUAAAUUACAAAAAUAGCAGGAAGAACUGUAAUUAAAAAAAAUAUUAACAAAGAAAUUGGAAAUUUUAAUUGUUUUGUCGUCAAAUUAACGGCCACCUUCUUCACCCGUAUGGACGAAGUAUAGAUUUAUCACCUGUUAAUUUUUUCGAUUUUCAUCAAAUUUUAUCGAAUAAUACAUCCUUUUACGUUCCGUAAAAUCAAUUAUUCUUCAUUUAACGACGUUGUGGAGAUUUUGCAGAAGAAUGGUUGGCGUGUACCCCCUCAUUUCCAGCACCUCACUCGGAAAACUGCAGAGAUUGCCGCAGAAUGCAGUCAUCAAACAUUCACCGGUUAAUGCAUUAUUAACAGGAAUGUCGCAGCUUGUCGAUGUGGGGGACACUAUCAUAUUGGACAACUACAACCAAAAUUAGAGCACGAAAACAUCUCUAUUUUGUUUGCAGGAAAUUGGACAUUAUUUGAAACUUUAUACUAUAAUCUUAACUUCCUUUUCAAAUGCGUAAAGUUCAUUUAGUAUGUAUGUCAACAACAAAAUUAAAAGUAAACACACACACAAACACACACACAAUGUGUUUGCCUUUGGUAUCUUUACAAAUUGUAUUUGAUAGUCAUUUCCUCAUGAAUGUGUUGCAGUAUGAACAAAGUGCGUGUAGAUCUUGAUAAAUGUUGUGCAUCUAUUUUAAACUUUGGAAAUUCUGACAAUUGAAAGUAGAAUGUAACUAUAAGAAAUAAAAUUUGUUAUUGAAA